AUGGCUGUGCUAAGCCUUCUGUUCUUGGCAGUGAUGUAUGUUGUUCACCACCCCCUGAUGGUCAGUGAACGGAUGGACCUGGACACACUAGCCAGAAGUCGGCAGCUAGAGAAGCGCAUGAGUGAGGAGAUGCGCCAGUUAGAGAUGGAGUUUGAAGAGAGAAAGCGAGUAGCUGACCAGAAGCAGAAGGUGGAGAACUUCUGGAGAGGAGACACAUCCAGUGACCAGUUAGUGCUGGGAAGGAAAGACAUGGGGUGGCCGUUCCAAGACGAGGGCCAGGAGGGACCGCUGAGCUGGAUGCUGGGAAACCUGUGGAAUGCUGGCCUCUUUUGCCUUUUUCUCAUCUUCGAGCUUCUGCGACAGAACAUGCAGCACGAGCCGGCCUUUGAUUCCAGCAGUGAUGAGGAAGAGGAGGAAGUCCGGGUAGUGCCUGCCACCUCCUACAACUGGCUUACCGACUUCCCUUCGCAGGAGGCCCUGGAGUCCUUUUACAAAUACUAUGUCCAGAAUGCUAUCCGGGACCUGCCCUCCACCUGCGAGUUUGUGGAGAGCUUUGUGGACGACCUCAUUGAAGCCUGUCGGGCACUCAACCGCCAGGUGGUCAGCCCCCAAGAGGCUCGCCCGCAGCUGGAGGACUGCCUGGGCAUCGGGGCUGCCUUUGAGAAGUGGGGAACCCUCCAUGAGACCCAGAAAUUUGAUAUCCUGGUGCCCAUUGUUCCGCCCCAGGGCUCCACAUUUGUGCUGGAGAUGAGGGAUCCAUCCCUAGGCCGCCGCUGUGGCAGUGUGCUGGUAGAGUCGGAAUGCGUGUGCAAACGCGAGAAGCUUCUGGGCGAUGUGCUGUGCCUGGUGCACCACCACAAGGACCACUCGCCCCUCAUGGGCAAGUGCAACAACUCCAUCAAAGCAACCCUCUGCACCGGCUCCCACCUGGACGUGUGCAAGACCGUACAGUGGUUCCGGAACAUGGUGAGCAAAGCCUGGGCCCUGGUGGCCCACAAGUAUGACUUCCAGCUCAGCCUCCCACCGUCCACCACAUCCUGCAAGCUCAGGCUGGACUAUCGCUCGGGCCGCUUUCUCUCAAUCCGCUUGGUCCUGGGGGUGCAACGGGAAGACACCUUGGUCUACCUGGUGAGUCGGGCCCCUGACCAGGAACAGCUCACUAGUGUGGACUGGCCCGAGUCCUUAGCAGCCUGUGAGCACUUGUUCCUGAAGCUGGUAGGGCGAUUUGCUCCAGAGAAUACCUGCCACCUCAAGUGCCUCCAGAUCAUUUUAAGUCUCCAGGAUCUUCAGAGCUUACCCCAGGGAGCAGCCUGUCCCAUCCUUACCUCUUACCACUUCAAGACAGCCCUCAUGCACCUGUUGCUGUGGCUGCCCCUCACGGACUGGCAGCACAGCAUGCUCUCCCAGCGGCUCCAGGACAUCCUCUGGUUCUUGGGCCGUGGCCUCCAGCAAAGGUCCCUCCAUCAUUUCCUCAUUGGUAACAACUUCCUGCCCCUGACCAUCCCGAUCCCUAAGAAAUUUCGGAAUGCCGAGCCUGUCAAUCUCUUCCAACACCUGGUGCUAAACCCCAUGGCGCACACACAGGCACUAGAGGAGUUCCACAGCCUUCUGACCCGGGUGAAAGCUCUGCCGUGUGCCCCGUUGGUCGGGGCACAUUAA